UUCAUUGAAAAUGCUCCCUGUCGCUUAAGAAGAACUCACUGAGGCAGCCUGCCAUCUAGCUUUUUCACAGCAAAAUAGGCUUGCAGACUGCAGAUGAGAGGCUCGGGAGCAGAGACAAUUUUAACUUAGCCAUCCCUAAUUUAUCUCAAGCUUUUUCAAUUCAUCUUCACUGCUCUAUGCACACUGGAACACCAGAUUGUCAACCCCUGGGAACAGAAUGCAACCAGGGAUCUAGAGAGCUGUCACCUCCUGAGAAAUAUUUAAAUUGUGCUGAUUUUCUUCUGGUGUGCUGAGCAGAGGGAAUGAAACUCUCCAUCAAGUCAUAGCUGUGCGGGCAAUAGAUCAGAGGAUACUGCCAGUUUUUCUAAUGGAUUAUUGUUAUCGGGCAGGUUCUUCCUGAAGAUUUAUUUCCUGAAUACUUUUCCUGAAGUUGAGUAGUUCCAGUUUGCCAUCUAAAGAAGUACUGUUCAUGACAAAUAUAUAUUCAAAAGAGAAAUAAUCCUGCUGCACCAAGCAAGAAGGCUCCUUUUAGUGAAGCAAAUGUAACCUGGAUUUUGUCAUGUGACCUUGGCACUUACUGUCAAGCCCUUCAGAUAGCUGUUUGAUUUGGCAAGGUUAAAAUAUACAAUAAGUCAACAUCUUCAAAGGAAGGAAGAGGAUUUUCCUACUUCAUUCUGGACAUACCUGACUGUUGGAUACCUAUGGCUCAGAACUCGGUCUGGAGGUACUGACCAUUAGGUUCCUGGCUUGGACAUUCAAAUGGUAAGGCAUUCUGCUAGGAGAGUUUUCAAGUCUUUCUUAUGAGCUGUUGUAAGAAGGCUUUGCACUGAAAUUUUCUGUUCCUGCAUCUGGUGACACAAAUGAAAUGUUGAUUACAAAUGACUAAAUGAUUGCAGAUGACACAAAACCGAGAGGAGUGGAUGGUAUACCACAGGGUUGUGCUGCAAUCCAAAGGGACCUUGACAGGCUGGAAAAAUGGUCUGGCAGGAACUUCAUGAACAUUAAGAAAGGUGACACUACUAUAUACUGUUCUUCACAUGCGACACAGCUUGAAAUAUUGUGAUAAAAUGAGAUGCUUGCGGAAACGAUCAGCAGUGUCAUUCUUAGGAGUCCUUGUCAUUUGCUUGCUCUUCAUGAAUUUGUACAUUGAAGAUGGUUAUGUUUUGGAAGGGGACAAGCAAUUACUCAGAGAAACAGCCACGCACCAGCUCAACCCAGAGCGCUAUGUUCACACUUUUAAAGAUUUGUCUAAUUUCUCAGGAUCUAUAAACAUUUCCUAUCGCUACCUAGCUGGCACACCUUUGCCAAGGAAAAGGUAUCUUACAAUUGGGCUAUCCUCUGUGAAACGGAAGAAAGGAAACUACUUGCUUGAGACCAUCAAGUCCAUAUUUGAGCAAUCAAGUUAUGAGGAACUCAAAGAAAUUGCAGUGGUAGUGCAACUGGCAGAUUUUGACUCAGCCUGGUGUGAAGGGAUGGUCCAGGAUAUUUCACAGAAAUUUGCACACCACAUAAUUGCAGGCAGAUUAAUAGUGAUUCAUGUCCCUGAGGAGUAUUAUCCUGUACUGGAUGGUCUCAAAAGAAAUUACAAUGACCCAGAGGACCGUGUGAAGUUUCGAUCCAAACAAAAUGUAGAUUAUGCCUUUCUUCUUAACUUUUGUGCUAAUCUUUCUGACUAUUAUGUGAUGCUAGAAGAUGAUGUUAGGUGCUCAAAGAAUUUUUUUACUACUGUUAAGAAAGUAAUUACCUCACGAGAAGGGUCUUACUGGGUGACUUUGGAAUUCUCCAAACUGGGUUACAUUGGAAAGCUUUACCAUUCCCAUGACCUCCCACGCCUGGCCCAUUUUUUAUUGAUGUUCUACCAAGAAAUGCCUUGUGAUUGGCUGCUUAUCCACUUCCGUGGGCUGUUGGCUCAAAAGGAAGUGAUACGUUUUAAGCCAUCUCUGUUCCAGCACAUGGGAUACUACUCAUCUUACAAAGGAGCUGAAAACAAAUUAAAGGAUGAUGAUUUUGAAGAGGAAUCAUUUGAUAUCCCUGACAAUCCACCUGCAAACUUACACACCAACAUGAAUGUAUUUGAAAACUAUGAGGCAAGCAAGGCUUACAGCAGCAUUGAUGAGUACUUCUGGGGCAAAGCUCCUUCUACUGGAGACUUCUACAGGAUUGUAUUUGAAAAGCCCAUUAAAAUCAGUAAAAUUAAAGUUGUCACUGGAACUGAGGACCGGCAAAAUGACAUUUUGCAUCAUGGAGCCCUGGAAGUAGGAGAAAAGAUUGUAGGAAAUAAAAAUGGGAGACAAUGCACCACUUACUUGAGAUUAGGGGAAUUCAAAAAUGGGAAUAUUGAAAUAACAGAUGUAGAGCACAAAGUUCUGUUUGAUAUUAACUGCAUGAGAAUACUUGUUACCAAAAGUCAAAAAGAAUGGCUGAUCAUUAGGAGCAUUAGCGUCUGGACUUCUCAAACACCAAAUCAAUAAAGUAAAGCCACCUGAGAAGGUUCAGAAUGCAUAGUCAUCUGGGUCCCCACUGGUGCCAUUCCCUAGAAAAACUGACAUUUCCAGCUCUUCACUAAAGACACAAAAAAUCUGGGGAAAUCACAAAACAAGCAAAGCAAUUUAUUUUUUACUAGCUUGGCCAGGCAAUAUACAAACAUUUGCUGAAAUUUUUGAAUUUUAUAGGAAAAGCAAAGUUCUCAAACCUCACUUGAGAUCUUGAAACCCUUUUUUAUUAACAUUUCUCUGUGAGAGAGAUCAUCUGGACUAAACAGGACUAAACAAAGCAUCCUAUAAUUACCAAAAGUUUUAAAGAUAUGACCAGUUCGUUGUGAAAAGAAAUAAGAUUGCACUUUAUGCACAUAUAAAUUUAAAAUGUUGUGGUAGUAUGCACUUGUACAAUAGCUGGUGAUGUGUUUCUUUUAAAGGCAGUUGUGACAAGGAAAUCUGACCUGAAACUGGCAGUUUCAUUCUGAGCACUGUAAGAAAAUAGCGUGGCUAAUCAUUGCUACUCCUUUUCAAAAGGGAAUGUAUGUAAAAUUAUAAAUCUGACAUGACAACUAUGUAUAAAAUACAUAAUUGCAUCUGUUA